CUUCGCCAUUUCUUUUCUCUUCUUCAUUUUCUUGUUAAAGACCCAUCAUUAAAGAUGUUGCUUCGCGACUUCAGUGUCGUAACUCCUUAUAACGCAAGACCAUCCUCCUGUGGUUAUUGCAAAUCCUCUGCAGGUUCACGUACCUAUGGAAUGUCUGCUCAUCUCAUGACACCAAAGGACUACCAAGCACUCAUUAAUCGAGGCUGGAGACGAUCUGGACGUUAUCUCUACAAGCCUAACCUCCGAGAUAGCUGUUGUCCCCAAUAUACCAUUCGGCUGAAUGCAAACGAAUUUGAGGCAUCGAAACAUCAACGUCAGAUUGUGAAUCGAUUCAAUACGUAUAUCCAGGAAGGUGAUGAUAGCUUUGAGAAGGAUAUUACUUUACGCAAAGCGGAGAGAUCUGAGGUAGAGAAACAGGAAUCUUCUAAAGACUCAAUAGAGACAUCAUCAACAGCUGCAACUUUGAUUCCAACUGCGUCUACUCCAAUAUCGACACCUAAAGAACCUGGCACAUCAGCAUCAACAACACCUUCUAAGAAGCAAAAACAAAAGAAGCCCCCAAAGAAUGCACCUCAGGAUCUAAGGACACGUAUCCGUUUAUCAGAAUAUCUUCACUCACCUGAGGUCAGCUCUUGGAAGCAUCGCUUGAAGAUCAUACUAGAACCGUCAUCCUUUACGGAAGAAAAGUAUGCCCUGUAUGCGAAAUAUCAAAAGGAAGUCCAUCAUGAAUCUAAAUCCAGGUGCCUACCAAAAGGAUUCACCAACUUUUUGGUUUCGACACCUCUCACGCCUUCAAAGGAAUCGAACUGGACAGAAGAGGACCCAGGAUUUGGUUCUUUCCACCAAUGUUAUUAUCUGGAUGACAAGCUAAUUGCGGUUUCAGUGAUAGACAUAUUACCAGAGUGCGUAUCAGCUGUUUACUUUUUCUACGACACAGAUUACUCAGUUUUAUCACUUGGGAAAUACAGUGCCCAAAGAGAGAUUGCGCUUGCUCAGACAUUGAACACAAAACCUGGAUAUGAGAAUCUUAAAUAUUACUACAUGGGCUUUUACAUUUUCACCUGUCCAAAGAUGACUUACAAGGGCCAGUUUCAUCCUUCGUACCUCUUGGAUCCAGAAACGUAUAACUGGAUUGAAUUCAAAAAGUGCCAGCAGGUCCUUGGAGAGCAGCGUUAUACUAGCUUUGAACAUCCAACGGCAAUGAAUCCGCUUUUUGAGGCAAAGGUGAAAACAAUCAUUGAGAAGAAGAAGGGCUCACCAUCAUCGGAUAGUUCUGAAGACGAAGAUGAAGUUGAGAAUGAUAGCGAUGGCACGGAUGCCGAUGAAUGGGAAAGUGUCGAUGAAGAUGGGGAAGAUGAAUAUGAGGACAGCGGUUCAGACGGGAUCAACAACAAGGCUCCGCGGGACUCCAAUAACGAAAGUGAAAGCGGAAAAGGUACUGGUAACGAACGGAAAAAGAAACGAUUGAGUAAACUCACUACAGGAAUAGAAGCAGAAACAGAAUCAAGUAUCGAGAAGAGCGCGUCGGAAGCUACAGAGAAAGAAACUGCAGUUGCUGCAAAGAAACAGAGUCGGGAGAUGAAGCGAGUGUUUCGUGAGACCAUCAAGCAGCCUCCACCAGGGUGCUUAGAUCCAAAGGACUUGACGCAAUAUGAUCUAGCUGGGGUCCUUUGUCUGACCAAUUCCAAUACAUUGCGCCCAGUCUUGAUGACAGACAUGUAUCGGAACCACAAGGAUAUUCAGAAAACUGUCGCAGAGUAUGUUUCAUAUGUUGGUAUCGAUCUAGCCAAUGCCAUGAUCCUCUAUAUCUUAUGAUGGGUGAUGAGGAAACAUUGUUCGUGUCUAUUGGAUAUAGUGUGUUGUUCGUAUAUAGUACAUCCAAAAAGAAAAGCCCUUGUACUUUUUCUUUGUAAUUGGCAUUGUAUUCGAAUGGAAGCUUUAUAAAGCAUAGCGACAUAGUUUACACGGGG